CAGAGACAACUGCAUCUUCUGUAAAUGUGGCCAUCACCUCCGGUCAUCCAGCUAUGGCUGAAACUUCUAAAGCAUCAUAUACAUCUGAGUUAUCAGGCUCCACUGCAUCUCAGACAAGUAACUCAGAAAUUAAUGUAACUCCAACACCUUCUGGAAAUAACACUACAGUUUUAGCUGCGAGUACUAUGUCAUACUUAACAACACCAGAAACUGGGGAAGCUACCACAUUGAUAAACAAAACUGCAUUUGUUUCACUGCUGACUACUACAGCUGAAACAACAAUGGAUACAAAACCUACCGAGGGUACAUCAGGGUCUGAAACAAAUGCAUCAACCAUUACAGAACGGACUACAACUGAAUUAAUAUUUGCAAAAUCAACUACUGAAGGAAUUACAUUUCUUGAAACCCAUUCUUCUCAUGUAACAGAAUCUAACAAAACCACAUUAACAUCCAUAACUGAAUCUACUGACAGCAGUACAACUCUAGAGACACUUGCAUCUUCUGUACCUGUGGGUACUACAGCGGGGCAGCCAGCCACGGCUGAAACGUCUAAAGCAUCAUAUACAUCUGAGUUAUCAGGCUCCAUUGCAUCUCAGACAAGUAACUCAGAAAUUAGUGUAACUGCUACACCUUCUGGAAAUAACACUACAGUUUUACCUGUGAGUACUAUGUCAUACUUAACAACAGCAGAAACUGGGGAAGCUACCACACUGAUAAACAAAACUGCAUCUGUAUCACUGCUGACUACUACAGCUGAAAUAACAACGGAUACAAAACCUACCGAGGGUACAUCAGGUUCUGAAACAAAUACACCAACUAUUCCCGAGCUCAAAACAACAGUGUUAACAUCUAAAAACCCAACCACUGAGGGAAUUACAUUUUUAGGAACCCAUUCUUCUAACUUAACAGAAUCUAGCAAAACCACAUUAACAUCCAUAACUGAAUCUUCUGACAGCAGUACAACUCCAGAGACAACUGCAUCUUCUGUAAAUGUGGCCAUCACCUCCGGUCAUCCAGCUAUGGCUGAAACUUCUAAAGCAUCAUAUACAUCUGAGUUAUCAGGCUCCACUGCAUCUCAGACAAGUACCUCAGAAAUUAAUGUAACUCCUACACCUUCUGGAAAUAACCCUACAGUUUUAGCUGCGAGUACUAUGUCGUACUUAACAACACCAGAAACUGGGGAAGUCACCACACUGAUAAACAAAACUGCAUUUGUUUCACUGCUGACUACUACAGCUGAAACAACAAUGGAUACAAAACCUACCGAGAGUAAAUCAGGGUCUGAAACAAAUGCAUCAACCAUUACAGAACGGACUACAACUGAAUUAAUAUUUGCAAAAUCAACUACUGAAGGAAUUACAUUUCUUGAAACCCAUUCUUCUCAUGUAACAGAAUCUAACAAAACCACAUUAACAUCCAUAACUGAAUCUACUGACAGCAGUACACCUCUAGAGACACUUGCGUCUUCUGUACCUCUGGGCACUACAGCGGGGCAGCCAGCCACGGCUGAAACGUCUAAAGCAUUAUCAGGCUCCACUGCAUUUCAGACAAGUAACUCAGAAAUUAAUGUAACUCCUACACCUUCUGGAAAUAACACUACAGUUUUACCUGCGAGUACUAUGUCAUACUUAUCAACAACAGAAACUGGGGAAGCUACCACACUGAUAAACAAAACUGCAUCUGUUUCACUGCUGACUACUACAGCUGAAACAACAAUGGAUAUAAAACCUACCAGGGGUACAUCAGGUUCUGAAACAAAUGCAUCAACCAUUACAGAACGGACUACAACUGAAUUAAUAUUUGCAAAAUCAACUACUGAAGGAACUACAUUUUUUGAAACCCAUUCUUCUCAUGUAACAGAAUCUAGCAAAACCACAUUAACAUCCAUAACUGAAUCUACUGACAGCAGUACAACUCCAGAGACAACUGCAUCUUCUCCAAAUGUGGCCAUGACCUCCGGUCAUCCAGCUAUGGCUGAAACGUCUGAAGCAUCAUAUACAUCCGAGUUAUCAGGCUCCACUGCAUCUCAGACAAGUAACUCAGAAAUUAAUGUAACUCCUACACCUCCUGGAAAUAACACUACAAUUUUACCUGCAAGUACUAUGUCAUACUUAACAACAGCAGAAAUUGGGGAGGCUACCACACUGAUAAACAAAACUGCAUCUGUCUCACUACUGACUAUUGAAGCUGAAACAACAAUGGAUAUAAAACCUACCAAGGGUACAUCAGGUUCUGAAACUAAUGCAUUGUCCAUUACAGAACUGACUACAAAACUAAUAUUUGCAAAAUCAACUACUGAAGGAAUUACAUUUCUUGAAACCCAUUCUUCUCAUGUAACAGAAUCUAGCAAAACCACAUUAACAUCCAUAACUGAAUCUACUGACAGCAGUACAACUCCAGAGACAACUGCAUCUUCUAUAAAUGUGGUCACCACCUCUGGUCAUCCAGCUAUGGCUGAAACGUCUAAAGCAUCAUAUACAUCUGAGUUAUCAGGCUCCGCUGCAUCUCAGACAAAUAACUCAGAAAUUAAUGUAACUCCUACACCUUCUGGAAAUAACACUGCAGUUUUACCUGCGAGUACUACAUCAUACUUAACAACAGCAGAAACUGGGGAAGUUAUCACACUGAUAAGCAAAACUGCAUCUGUCUUACUGCUGACUACUACAGCUGAAAUGAAAAUGGAUACAAAACCUACCGAGGGUACAUCAGGUUCUGAAACAAGUGCAUCAACUAGUCCCGAGCUAAAAACAACAGUGUUAAUAUCUGAAAACCCAACCACUGAGGGAAUUACAUUUUUAGGAACCCAUUCUUCUAACUUAACAGCAUCUACCAAAGCUAUAUUUAUAUCCAUAACUGAAUCUACUGACAGCAGUACAACUCCAGAGACAACUGCAUCUUCUGUACCUGUGAGCACUACAGCGGGGCAGCCAGCCACGGCUGAAACAUCUAAAGCAUCAUAUGCAUCAGAGUUAUCAGGUUCCACUGCAUCCCAGACAAGUAACUCAGAAAUUAAUGUAACUCCUACACCUUCUGGAAAUAACACUACAGUUUUACGUGCAAGUACUAUGUCAUACUUAUCAACAACAGAAACUGGGGAAGUUAUCACAGUGAUAAACAAAACUGCAUCUGUCUCACUGCUGACUACUACAGCUGAAAUAACAACGGAUACAAAACCUACCGAGGGUACAUCAGGUUCUGAAACAAAUGCAUCAACUAUUCCCGAGCUAAAAACAACAGUGUUAACAUCUGAAAACCCAAACACUGAGGGAAUUACAAUUUUAGGAACCCAUUUGUCUAACUUAACAGCAUCUACCAAAGCUACAUUAACAUCCAUAACUGAAUCUACUGACAGCAGUACAACUCCAGAGACAACUGCAUCUUCUGUACCUGUGAGCACUACAGCGGGGCAGCCAGCCACGGCUGAAACGUCUAAAGCAUCAUAUACAUCUGAGUUAUCAGGCUCCACUGCAUCUCAGACAAGUAACUCAGAAAUUAAUGUAACUCCUACACCUUCUGGAAAUAACACUACAGUUUUCCCUGUGAGUACUAUGUCAUACUUAACAACAGCAGAAACUGGGGAAGCUAUCACAAUGAUAAACAAAACUGCAUCUGUUUCACUGCUGACUACUACAGCUGAAAUAACAAUAGAUACAAAACGUACCGAGGGUACAUCAGGUUCUGAAACAAAUGCAUCAACCAUUACAAAACGGACUACAACUGAAUUAACAUUUGCAAAAUCAACUACUGAAGGAAUUACAUUUCUUGAAACCCAUUCUUCUCAUGUAACAGAAUCUAGCAAAACCACAUUAACAUCCAUAACUGAAUCUACUGACAGCAGUACAACUCCAGAGACAACUGCAUCUUCUAUAAAUGUGGCCAUGACCUCGGGUCAUCCAGCUGUGGCUGAAACAUCUAAAGGAUCUCCUAUAUCUGAAUUAUCAGACUCAACAACAACAGAGAUUAAAACAGUCUCAGAAACUGCAGAAAGUGCUAAAACGUCAGGUCCUACUGCUGCUAAUUUACUAUUAUCCACCAUAGCACAUAUAACUGUAGACUCUGAAAGUACUGCAGCAGCAUUUGAAAACAUCAGUACAACUUAUUUUACCACACAUCCAGAAACCAUGAACAAUAUGACAACUCUGGGAGCCAUAUCACCUACUUUGGUAGAGACUGUAGAAAAUAAAAAAACAACAUCAGUAGGAAAUACAGAAGUAAGUUCAGCUUCAGGAAUAAGUGCAUUUGCUGUGUCAGAGUCCACCAUAGCAACAAAAACCAGUGUAGUGACUAAACCCUUAGAAACUACUACGUCUAUCAUAUCAGAGUUGUCCCAGUCUCAUUUGACAAUGGAAGCAUACAUGACCAAAGGUACAAUAUCUUUAGGAAUAAAUGAAACAACAGAAGGCACAGUGACUCCAGGAACUAUCAGUUCCACUUUAUUACAGUCCUCUACAACAGCUGCAUUAGUAGUUACAUCUAAAUUGACUGAAGGUGCUACCAACUUAGGAGACAAUUUAACAACCACAGCAGAGCUGUCAACAGCAACAAAAUCUACUGAAGUUGCUUCAGUUUCAGAAAGCAAUGCUCCUGUUUUAUCAAAAUCCACAACAACUAAUUUCUCAGUAUCAGCAAACAUCACUCAAGGUACUGAAACAUCAGCAACUCAUACAUCUAUUUUACCUGAAAUGACCACAGUGGGUUCCUCAACUGGUGCCGAAACAGCAACAAAAGCUACGUUGUCAGCUUCUACUCUUCCUAUUACUCUAGCUUCUACAUCUAAUUUAUUGACAUUGCAAACUACUGAAAAAACAUCAGAGACUAGUCAGGCUAGCUUACCAAAAGCCACUACAGUUGAAACAAAUGAAAGUACUAUGACAAAAUCAUCAAAUAAGUUGACAACAACACUUAUAACAAAUUUAUUUAGCACAACAUCACAAAUAAAUGAAAGUACUGAUACUCCAUUAGUCCAAACAAGAGCCACUAUCUCAUCUCAGACAAAUAUGGGCAUUGAAUCCACAACUUCUCAGUCACUUACAACAGCAUCGAUUGUAGCUGAUUCUACAACAGCAGCAAAAACAGAUGUAAAUGGUGGCACAUCAACAACCAGCGAGACAACUAUUGCAUCUGCUCUGAAUGUGUCUACAGAAUCUGGGCGAACAACUUCAAACAUUGUGACAACAAAAGGAAAUGAAUCACCUUCUGUUCUCACAAGUAUAUACACAACAGUGCCAAUGACAAUAAGCACAGCAGCACAUUCUUCUAAUAUAUCUGCAGUAGCAGCAUCCCAAACAGUAGGACAUGUCGGUACAACGGCAACAACAACUGAGCUUGGCACAACAGCUGCCAUGGCAAAUACACCUUUAAUAACAUUUGCAAGUGCUGCCAUAUUAACAGCAAAUGAGUCAACUACUCUGUCAGUAAUAGGAAAUGCAUCUACAGCUGCAUUACAUAUGAGCACAAUUGUUACAGUAGCAACCAGUGAGUCAGAUACUCCCAUAGCCACAUCAAAUUUAUUUACCUUAACUAAGCAAACACAUAUGACUUCUAUGGUAACAAUAACAGAUAUGACAAGUGAGCCAGUCUCUUCUGUAACACCACUAAAUGUAUCUACAGCAGAACAGACAAUCCAUUUAGAUAUAAAAACUUCAGCAAGUGAUCUGUCCAGUCCAGUAUUCACAAGUAAUGUAGGUACAGUAUCAUUAGUGAAUAGUAGUAAUGGAAUAUCUAUGUUAGUGACAGUGACAGAAUCAAAAGAAAGUGCUAGAACAGUAAUAUCAAAUGAGCCAACUGCACAUGAGCCUACAACAACUACACACAUAAGUGAGAUUGCAGGGACAGAAACCCCAAGUGUUUCUCCUAUUCUGACAGCUAUGUCACAAUCACUUGCAACAACACAAACAAAUGUACAUUUUGAGACACCAGCAUCAUCAGUGAUGCCUACAGCAACCCAGCAAAUAAAUGAAAAUGGAACACAAACACCAUCACAUGAACCACAGUCAAAUGCAACUGUUGUAUCAAUAAGUUACAGCGAAUUAGCCAUUCCGACAAAUACAUCAAAUUUGCAUGGAAUGUCAACCAAUGAGCCAACAAGAUCAGCAUCCAUACUGACUGAGACAGAAGUGACCUCAAUUGUCCUCUCGUCAAAAGGGCAAACAAAUGGAAGUGCUGAGACAAUAAAAGUAACAUCACAUAUACCUUCAGUAACUCAACAAACAGAGUUAAGUAAUCUAUCAUCAGCAGCAACAGUUAUUCCCACAUUAUCAAUGGAAAGUACCAAGUUAACUACAAUAUCAAGUGUGAUCACAGCAGCACAGCAGACAAAUGGAAGUACAGAGAUAGUAACACCAUCACAUGUGGCCACAACUCAGCAAACUGCUGGAAAUGUUGGGGCAGAAACAGCAAGUAUGUCUUCAGCACCACAGGAAACUACUGGUAGAGUAGGGAUAGUAACCACAGCAAGAAUGUCUACAGCAGCACAGCAGACAAAUGUUACCAUUGAGGUAGUAACAGCAUCAAAUGAGACCACAACACAACAAACUGUUGGAAGUGUAGGGGCAGCAUCAACAAAAAUGUCUGCAGCAACACAAGAAACCAGUGAGAGAGCACAGGCAGUAACAACAGCAAGUAUGUCAACAGCAGCACAGCAAACAAAUGGAAGUAGGGAGAUAGUAACAAUAUCAAAUGAGACCACAACACAGCAAACUGCUGGAAGUGCUGGGGCAACAGCAUCUAAUACAUCCAUAUCAGCACUGCAAACCACUGGAAGUGGAGAAACAGUAACACCAAGUAUGCCCACAGCAGCACAGCAGACAAUUGGAAGUACAGAGGUAAUAACAGCAUCAAAGGUGACCACAACUCAGAAAACUGCUGGAAGUGUUGAGGCAACAGCAUCUUAUACAUCCACAUCAACACAGCAAACCACUGAAACUGGAGGAACAGUAACAAGUAUGUCCACAGUUGCACAGCAAACAAAUGGAAAUACAGCAGUAACACUAUCAUAUGUGACCACAACACAACAAACUGCUGGAAGUGUUGGGGCAGCAACAACUGGUAUGUCCACAACAGCACAGCAAACCACUGGAAGUGGAGGAAUAGUAACAACAAGUAUGUCCACAGCAGCCCAGCAAUCAAAUGGAAGUACAGCAAUAACAGCAUCAGCUGUGACCACAACACCACAAACUGCUGCAAGUGUUGAGGAAGCAACAGCCAGUAUGUCCACAACAGUACAAACAGCAUCAAAUGUGAUCACAACAGCACAAAGUGCUGGAAGUGUUGGGGCAGAAACAACUGGUAUGUCCACAGCAGUACAGAAAACCCCUGGAAGUGGAGGAACAGUAAUAACAAGUAUGUCCACAGCAGCACAUCAAACAAAUGGAAGUACCGAGGUAGUAACAGCAUCAAAUGUGACCACAACACUGCAAACUGCUGGAACUGUUGGGGCAGCAACAGCUGGUAUGUCCUCAUCAGCACAGCAAACCAGUGGAGGAACAGUAACAGCAAGUAUUUCCACAGCAGCUCAGCAAACAAAUGGAAGUGGAGGAACAGUAACAGCAAGUACAUCCACAGCAGCACAGCAAACCACUGGAAGUGGAGGAACAGUAACAUCAAGUAUGUCCAUAGCAGCUCAGCAAACAAAUGGAAGUGGAGGAGCAGUAACAGCAAGUAUGCCCACAGCAGCACAGCAAACCACUGGAAGUGGAGGAAUAGUAACAUCAAGUAUGUCCACAGCAGCUCAGCAAACAAAUGGAAGUGGAGAAACAGUAACAGCAAGUACGCCCACAGCAGCACAGCAAACCACUGGAAGUGGAGGAACAGUAACAACAAGUAUGUCGACAGCAGCACAUCAAACAAAUGGAAGUACAGAGGUAGUAACAGCAUCAAAUGUGACCACAACACUGCAAACUGUUGGGGCAGCAACCGCUGGUAUGUCCUCAUCAGCACAGCAAACCAGUGGAGGAACAGUAACAGCAAGUUUGUCCACAACAGCACAGCAAACCACUGGAAGUGGAGGAAUAGUAACAACAAGUAUGUCCACAGCAGCACAGCAAUCAAAUGAAAGUACAGCAAUAACAGCAUCAGCUGUGACCACAACACCACAACCUGCUGCAAGUGUUGGGGAAACAACAGCCAGUAUGUCCACAACAGUACAAACAGCAUCAAAUGUGAUCACAACAGCACAAAGUGCUGGAAGUGUUGGGGCAGAAAUAACUGGUAUAUCCACAGCAGUACAGCAAACCCCUGGAAGUGGAGGAACAGUAACAACAAGUAUGUCCACAGCAGCACAUCAAACAAAUGGAAGUACCGAGGUAAUAACAGCAUCAAAUGUGACCACGACACUGCAAACAGCUGGAACUGUUGGGGCAGCAACAGCUGGUAUGUCCUCAUCAGCACAGCAAACCAGUGGAGGAACAGUAACAGCAAGUAUGUCCACAGCAGCUCAGCAAACAAAUGGAAGUGGAGGAACAGUAACAGCAAGUACACCCACAGCAGCACAGCAAACAACUGGAAGUGGAGGAACAGAAACAUCAAGUAUGUCCACAGCAGCUCAGCAAACAAAUGGAAGUGGAGGAACAAUAACUGCAAGUACACCCACAGCAGCACAGCAAACCACUGGAAGUGGAGGAUCAGUAACAUCAGGUAUGUCCAUAGCAGCUCAGCAAACAAAUGGAAGUGGAGGAGCAGUAACAGCAAGUAUGCCCACAGCAGCACAGCAAACCACUGGAAGUGGAGGAACAGUAACAUUGAGUAUGUCCACAGCAGCUCAACAAACAAAUGGAAGUACAGCAGUAACAGCAACAAAUGUGACAACAACACAGCAAACUGGUGUAAGUGUUGGGGCAGUAACAGGUGGUAUGUCCACAGCAGCACAGCAAACUAAUGUAAGUACCGAGGUAGUAACAGCAUUAAAUAUGACCACAACAUCACAAACUGCUAGAAGUGUAGGGGCAGCAACUGCCAGUAUGUCCACAGCAGCACAGCAAACCACAGGAAGAGUGGGGACAGUAAUAACAGCCAGUAUGCCCACAGCAGCACAGCAAACAAAUGGAAGUGCUGAGGUAGUAACGGCAUCAAAUGUGAGCACAACACUGGAAACUCCUGUAAGUGUCGGGGCAGCAACAACUAGUAUGUCCACAGCAGCAGAGAAAACCACUGGAAGUGGAGGAACAGUAACAAGUAUGUUCACAGCAGCACAGCAGACAAAUGGAAGUACAGCAAUAACAAGGUCAAAUGUGUCCACAACUCAACAAAUUGUGGCAAGUGUUGGAGCAGUAACAACAAGUAUGCCCACAGAAACACAGCAAACAAAGGGAAGUACAGGGUUAGUAACAGCAUCAAAUGUGACCACAACACAGCAAGCUGCUGGAAGUGUUGGGGCAGCAACAACUAGUAUGUCCACAGCAGCACAGCAAACCAGUGGAAGUGGAGGGAUAGUAACAACAAGUAUGUCCACAGCAACACAACAAACAAAUGUAAGUACAGCAGUAACAGCAUCAAAUGUGACCACAACACAGCAAGCUGCUGGAAGUGUUGGGGCAGUAACACCUAGUAUGUCCACAGCAACACAGCAAACCAGUGGAAGUGGAGGGACAGUAACAAGUAUGUCCACAGCAACACAGCAAACAAAUGGAAGUGGAGGAACAGUAACAACAAGUAUGCCCACAGUAGCACAGCAAACAAUUGGAAGUACAGCAGUAACAGCAUCAAAUGUGUCCACAACACAGCAAACUGCUGGAAGUGUUGGGGAAGCAACAACUAAUAUGUCCACAGCAGCACAGCAAACCACUGGAAGUGGAAGAACAGUAACAAGUAUGCCCACAGAAGCACAGCAAACAAAUGGAAGUACCAGGGUAGUAACAGCAUUAAAUAUGACCACAAUACCACAAACUGCUGUGAGUGUUGGGGCAGCAACAGCUAGUAUGUCCACAGCAGCAGAGCAAACCACUGGAAGUGGAGGAACAGUAACACCAAGUAUGGCCACAGCAACACAGCAAACAGAUGUGAGUACAGCAUUAACAGCAUCAAAUGUGAUCACAACACAGCAAGCUGCUGGAAGUGUUGGGGCAGCAACAACUAGUAUGUCCACAGCAACACAGCAAACCAGUGGAAGUGGAGGGACAGUAACAAGUAUGUCCACAGCAACACAGCAAACAAAUGGAAGUACCAGGGUAGUAACAGCAUUAAAUAUGACCACAAUACCACAAACUGCUGUAAGUGUUGGGGAAGCAACAACUAGUAUGUCCACAGCAGCAGAGGAAACCACUGGAAGUGGAGGAACAGUAACAACAAGUAUGUUCACAACACCACAGCAAACAAAUGGAAGUACAGGGGUAGUAACAACAUCAAAUGUGACCACAACACAGCAAGCGGCAGUAGAAACUGGUAUGUCCACAGCAGUACAUCAAACCAGUGGAAGUGGAGAGACAGUAACAACAAGUAUGUCCCCAACAACACAGCAAACAAAUGGAAGUGGAGGAACAGUAACAACAAGUAUGCCCACAGUAGCACAGCAAACCAAUGGAAGUACAGCAGUAACAGCAUCAAAUGUGUCCACAACACAGCAAACUGUGGCAAGUGCUGAGGCGGGGACAGCAAGUAUGCCCACAGCAACACAGCAAACAAAUGGAAAUACAGUAGUUACAGCAUCAAAUGUGUCCACAAUGCAGCAAACUGCUGGAAGUGUUGGGGCAGCUACAGCUGGCAUGUCCACAGCAGCGCAGCAAACCACUGGAAGUAGAGGGACAGUAACAACAAGUAUGUCCACAACAACACAGCAAACAAAUGGAAGCACAGGGGUAGUAACAACAUCAAAUGUGACCACAACACAGCAAGCGGCUGGAAGUGUUGGGGCAGUAGCAACUGGUAUGUCCACAGCAGCACAGCAAACCAAUGGAAGUACAGCAGUAACAGCAUCAAAUGAGUCCACAACAAAGCAAACUGUGGCAAGUGCUGAGGCACGGACAGCAAGUAUGCCCACAGCAGCACAGCAAACAAAUGGAAGUACAGUAGUAACAGCAUCAAAUGUGUCCACAACGCAGAAAACUACUGGAAGUGUUGGGGCAGCUACAGCUGGCAUGUCCACAGCAGCACAGCAAACCACUGGAAGUGGAGGAACAGUAACAACAAGUAUGUCCACAUCAGCACAGCAAACAAAUGGAAGUACCGAGGUAGUAACAGCAUCAAAUGUGACCACAACACUGCAAACUGCUGGAAGUGUUGGGGCAGUGGCAACUGGUAUGUCCACAGCAGUACAUCAAACCAGUGGAAGUGGAGGGACAGUAACAACAAUUAUGUCCACAACAACACAGCAAACAAAUGGAAGUCAAGUAACAAUAGCAACAAGUAUGCCCACAGUAGCACAGCAAACCAAUGGAAGUACAGCAGUAACAGCAUCAAAUAUGUCCACAACACAGCAAACUGUGGCAAGUGCUGAGGCAGGGACAGCAAGUAUGCCCACAGCAACACAGCAAACAAAUGGAAAUACAGUAGUUACAGCAUCAAAUGUGUCCACAACGCAGCAAACUGCUGGAAGUGUUGGGGAAGCAACAACUAAUAUGUCCACAGCAGCACAGCAAACCACUGGAAGUGGAGGAACAGUAACAACAAGUAUGUUCACAUCAGCACAGCAAACAAAUGGAAGUACAGGGUUAGUAACAACAUCAAAUGUGACCACAACACAGCAAGCUGCUGGAAGUGUUGGGGCAGUAACAUUUAGUAUGUCCACAGCAGCUCAGCAAACAAAUGGAAGUACAGAGGUAAUAACAGCAUCAAAUGUGACCAGCACACAGCAAAGCACUGUAAGAUUUGGGACAGCAGUGACAUCAAGUAUGUCUGUGGCACCUCAGCAAUCUAAUGGGACUUCUGUGACAGUAACUAUAUCAAUUGUGCCCACAACUGCUCAACAAACAAAUGGAAGCACAGGGACAACAACUUUGUCAAAUCAUUCCACAGUACCACAACCAACAUCUAGAACUCUAACAAAUGUGUCUACAGCAACUCAGGAAAUGAGCAGUUCUGAGGUAUCAAAAUCUACAAAUGUUCCUUCACCAUCUGUAAAUGUAUCAGCUACAACCAGUACAUUAACAACCAUGUCUGUCCAACUAACUACAACUGCCAGUGCAUCUGGGCCAGUCUUCAAGGAUCUUACGCUCAGAUUUACCAAUGAAAACUAUGAUAAAAGUCUUGACAAUAAAAGCUCUCCUCUGUUUAAGGAAAUAGAACAGAAAAUUAAUGACUCGUUAUGGCCAGUGUUCAAGCGACAGUUUGGCGACAGGUUUAAGGGUAUAGAAGUGGAAAACCUUAGGAAUGGAUCUAUUGUUGCUCAGAUUAAACUUUUAUUUGCAAAUGAAUCAGUAAGCCCAUCAAGCACGGAGAUUGUUAAGACCGUUUACAAUAAUGCAUAUGGAGAGAACAAAACAAUUGGAUCACUCAACUUGGAUGUGUUCAGUAUAAUGUCCUCUAAUAUUACUAUCAUCAACUUGGAUGCAGUUGUGGUUAAUAUUACCUUCAUUAUUCAAGACAUCUUCAAUUCAACAAUGUCAAACCCUGCAUCAGAGAGUUAUAAUUAUUUGAGCAGCAAUACCAUCCCUUGGCUGUCUGCACUCCUCAGUGAAGUAUUAAAUGGUACAGUGUUCGGAUACCCUUCUCUGGCUUUCAGUGAUAGUAACCAAUGGAUUCAGACCAUAUGCCAAUUUAGUGUAAAUGCCACAGCUUUUCUAGAUCCAAGCACAGUGCUGGCAGCCAUCAUGAGAAAGGCAAAUAAUCUGAACUACACAAUAAUUAAAACAAGCACCUUUGUUAAUGGGUUAAAAAUUGCUUUUGAUGAAUUUCCACUUACCAUGAGUAUAAGAAACAGAACCUUCACAUCAGAUUUUGCCAACAGAACUAGUCAGCAGUUCAGACAGCUCAGUCAAGUCAUUGAAACUACAACAAGAACAAUUUUUGCAUCAGAAGGGGUGAUUGAAGCAAUAGUGUAUUAUUACAUGAAUGAAUCCUUUCUUGUCAGUCUCAGUAUAUUCUUCACCAAAGGAGCAAUAAAUGACAGUACUAUACGCCAGACACUAGUUAAUAACAUCCGUCAGUUUACAGACUUAAAUGUGGACCCAGCUUCUAUCAUACCAAUAGAUGGAGUGAACAUCUCAUUUAUAUUGAAUAAUACCAUUUACCAACAAGAUCUGACAAACAGCUCAUCACAACCUUACAGCAAUUUGUCUACUGAGAUCCUUAAAUGGCUUCAGCCAAUCCUUGUGCCUUAUUAUAGAAACACUCUUAUGAAAUUUCCAUUGAUACUUUUCAGCAAUGUUAGCCAGCUUGUACAGGCUACAGUUCAAUACCAGGUGAAUGCUACUCCAGCUGUAAAUGCGUCAGAGGUUCUGUCAUCUCUCGUGCUGAAGAGGAGCACUCUGACAUUUGACUUUAUUGUGUCCAGCCUCACCGUGAACAAUGUCACUCCUAAUGUUGUCAUCUUCCCUCUGUCUCUGAGGGUAACAAAUGUGUUAUUUGACAACAGUCUUUUGGACAAAUCGAGUAGCAACUAUAGAAAUCUAACUGGGAGACUUCUAAGCUCAUUAUAUAAAAUCCUCAGUAAUCGGCAACCCUUUGUUGAAGUUGUUGUCAAAGAUUAUAGGAAUGGAUCUGUUUAUGCUGAUCUGCUCCCCACAUAUUGGUCUGGAAAUGUGACAAAUGAGACUGUUCGAUCUGAUAUAUACAACGGCCUCAACACUUUAAAACAAGCUGAUCUUGAAGUUGACCCCAGAUCCUUCAUUGAUAUCAGCUCAACACAGUCUCCAACGACAAGUAACAUGCUUACCACAACAGCAGCAGCAGCAACAACAACAACAACUUCUGCAAAGAGCAGCAGCCCUGUAUUAAUAAAUCCACCUGGUAAUUACAGUUUCCCAGGAUAUGCUGUUGCAAUCAUUGUUAUGUGUGGACUGGCCAUUAUCUGUGCCCCAAUUAUAGCUAUUGUGGGCUGGAAGAAAGGAUUAUGGAAAAAACUAACUAAAGCAUGUGCACUGAAAUCUCCAAACAGUGAAUUCCAAACUUCAGUGUGGAAGUCACAUGGAUCAUAUGAUUUUGAGAAAGCAAGCCGCUACCUGGACUGAAGACAGAAGAAAUGGCAGGAUAGAACUGUAAUGGAAUAAUAUGCUCAUGAUGUGAAACUGCUGAAUGAAUUGUCCUUCUUCCACGGAUCAUGUGACUCUGUGACAUAUGACCAUAAAGCAAUGGUGCAAUGACUACAUGACAUUCUCAGCCUGGAAUGCAUGCAUAUUUGGUAACCAGUAUCACAUUUUUUUAUUGUGUAUUAAACUAAACUGACUGCAUAUAGUCAUCAGAAGGAAUAUUUGCACAUUUAUAAACAUGGAUAAGGAAAAAGGGACAGCAGAGUCUGAGGUGCCCAAGAUAUUAACAGAUUAUUUAUCUUUUUAACGGCUGGAAAUGAAGUACCAUGAACUCUUCAAAUGCUGUUAAAGCAUAUAGCCCUCAUAUUUGCCAAUUAAAUUUACCCUUCUCUUUGCUGUCAUAUAAUUUAUUUAAAAACUGUGUCAGUAUUGUCAGUAAACACAUACAGAAAUGAAGUUGUAUAUGCACUGAGAUAUAUGAAGACUGGUUACUUCCUAAACAAGCUGUACGUACUUUAUAAGCUUUAAGUAUUCACUUCAUUUUUAGGGCAUUGACUUGUCUGACUCAAGGUGAUGUAUACAUGAUACAAGUACCAGCAAUAUUAUAAAUGUGUUUCUUCCAGAAGAUUAUUUAUUAGGAUUAAAUAUAUGAGUAAAACUGCUAUGAUUGACUGCUCUAGGGCUAGAGGAAUAUGAGUGCAUGAUUUACCUGGAUGUAGGGGAUGAUUCUCUUUGUGGCAAGAAGGGUAGUUUGAUCUAACAAUACUAUGGCCUGUCUGUACUGACCUACAUUCAUUCAUUCAUUCAUUCAUUCAUUCAUUCAUUCAUUCAUCCAUUCAUACAUUUUCCAGUAGAUGUGUAUUCUUCUCAGAACUAUAUAGGAACCAGAGCACACCCAGGCAGGUAGUGGGUAUAAAGAAUGGUGUCAAUCCUAAGUGGGAUUCCAGAUUAUCAACGGAUAUACAGAAAUGUGGACAUGCGUUGCACUUGUAUACACGUGUCUGCACACCCACACACAUACUUACCUGUGAGCAAUUUGAAGUUCUGUUAAUUUGUUGAUUCAACAUUUCUUUGGAAUGUGGAAAAUCCAAACCCUCUUGUGUGUCCAAAUUGAUAAAAGGAGGACAUAAAGAGAAUGUACCCCACCUAAGAACUGAACCAGAACCAUCAGGCAUUGUAUGGUAGCAAUGUUAAUGCCUGCAGUUCUGUGUUACCUAACUCUAAUCCGUAAUGAAACCAGAAAUAUCCCAUUGUUAGAAUAAAAAGUGCAGCCUCAGUAGCUAUAGAAAAUGAUUUUUGCACAUAAAAUAAUAACAAUGACAGCUAAGCUCAGUUGGUUCUCUGUUACUGUCAGAUUAAUAUAUUUGGAAAUGAUAGCAUUUCUAUAUAACCUCACAUUCUUCAAGAAGAUCAAAUAUAUAUUCCAUGAAUGAGAAUAUUUCUGCAGCAUGCACUUUUAUAUCUGAACUAAGCUUAAUAAUUUGUAAAUAUGACAGUUUUGCUACAUAAUUAAUAUAUCUGGGUAUUACUGCAAUGUUGUUUCAUAGUAUAUAUCUGAAUGACAUUUUAAUAUUUAUUUAAUGACAUUACUUGCGUAAAGUAUUGAUAUAAUAUACCUUCUAAAAACAACACUUUUCUCCAUUAGUCACUGAGGAUUAUGACACACUGUCUUUCAACAAUAUGUCUUGCAUAACUUUGGAAACUUGUGACUAAUAUAUCUUAGAUACUACAAGGCAAUACACAUUAAAAUUACUUCAGUUAUCCCUUGCCUGAUGCACAUGUACUCCUGUUAAGGGUCAUGUGGAAAUCAAAGCCAAGUCAUUUAAGCAGGAGAAAUGAGGCAGAGACCCCUUGAUGUAUAAGAUGCCAAUCCAUGCGUUAUAUAACACGAUACUCUUAAAAUGUUAAAAGACAAUGUAUUCAUCAUAUAUACAAAGCAAUGCAAUAUAUAUAUGAUGUCCCACUUUAAGCUAUAAAUAUAUUAACAUUCAUAGUUUUACAAUACUUUUCAAUGAACAUUUUAAUGUUGAUAUACUAUCCGAUAAUGCACCAUAAAGCAACAUACAUAAGAAAAAAUGACCUCUGAACAUUAUUAUAUUUCUGAGCACAUUCUUGAAUGAUUGUGAAUGUGAUAUUUUUGUGAAAAAAAAAACUUGUAUAGGAUGCUCAUAUUUGAUAUGCAUGCUUGUUGUAACACUUACACUCCAGAUUUGGAGUAUUACUUUUCUAGAUUUCUAUAACUUGUAUCAAAUGCUUACUCCUCUUAAAUAUGAAGCAAAUAAUUAAUAAAACCAGUAUCAUCUGCAUCUUUAAGCAUGAAAUUGAUUCAUGGUGCUUGAAAUGAAGGGACCCUGGUAAAUGUGCACUUGAAUACAAAAGCCAUAUUUUUGUUUGAACACUUUUGAACUGUCUCAGUUUUAUCCAUGUAUUUACUUAUGGUCAGUUAAAUGAUUUGUUCUGAAUCCUACUCACCAGGCUGCUGCUAUCUCACAAAAUGUUUGAAAUUAUUUCUAAUGUUAUUUAUUCACUUGCAACGAUGUUUGCUUUUUCUUUCCACUAAUGAGGGGGUUUGGAAUGUUAAUAUUUUAUCUAUGGUUAGAUAAGGUUCACUAAAAAGAGCUACAUCUGUAGCAGAACUUUACAUUUUGGAAGACAAAAGUGUAAGCUGCCUAUCUAAUUGUUAUAUAAUGGCUGAAUGCAAUGUGAACUUUUUUUAUGGAAAGCCAAAACACAAAUUAUUUUAUUUUUAUAAAUAAAAUAUCAAAUAUAACAUUUA